UGCCCCGAAUUCGCAUUUGUUUUUAUUGGCGUUGCGCGCGUUUUUAAUAUAAAUUUGUCUUAAAUUGUUUUGUUAAUUAUAGUUUAUUUACGUUUGUUAUGGUUGUUUGAAUGAACAGCACAGCGCCAUGUCGAGGAAAGUCGUGGUGCCCAAGAAACAGCUCACACUCAGCAGCUUCAUUGGCUUGGAUAAUAUCCCCGACUCCCAGAGUCAAAAGAAAAAAGUGACCAAUGCGAAAAGCAAGCCCAAGGCUAUCUACAAUCCCAUAUUUCUUGACUCCUCUUCAUCCGAUGAAGAAGCUUCUCAGAAAUCUAGCCAGCCGUCUUCGAAGGACAGCACCCACGUCAAAAAAUACACUUUCUCCAGUCUUUCACCAUUGUCUCCUGCCAAAAUAUUGGAGGAUAAUACUAAGAGCCAGCCGCCAACUAAGAAGCAAACGGCGAACCGGUUCGAUGAUAGCCCCAAAAAGGGACAGAAACACUCAAUACUCACACUACCAGAUUCCCCGCCAGCUGCAGACACUGCCGAGAAAACAAAGAAGGCCUAUUUUGAAGACUCCUCAAAGAGCGAACAGCGGCGCACCUAUCGCGGCCUUUCUGAAUCUCCUAUCCUUAAUGAGUCGCCCGUAAAACCAAUUCAAAAUGCGGGAAAACGCCUCAUAUCAUCAAAGAGUAUAUUUUUAGAAGAUUCGCCUGUUAAGCUUCCUGAUCCAGUUGAUCUAAAACCUAACUUGGUAGGUGUAUCUAGGAAACUUGAAACUAAAGUGAAACAGCCGAGUUCGCCGCCUAAAAACAAUCAGUUUAAUAAAUUGGAGAGUGUUGUUAUUGAUGAUUCUCCUGAGAAGAGCCCAACUGGACUCUCGUCUUAUUCCGGCUACAAGUUGGGAUCGUGCCAGGACAAUUUUAAAAGCACUUCUCUGUCUUCCAACUACCCUGAAACAUCAGGUACUUCAGAAGUCAUAUCAGCUCCUUUGAAGCCCAGACUGAGUGUGGCCUUUGACAAUUCGCUGGCGGAUUAUCUGCGCGACUUGGCCCAAAACGACAACUUCAGUAUGGAUCCGAACAAACAAAGCAUGGGAGCUUUGAAAAAUUCGCUGGACUUCUUUCGCAAUACCUACAUUGAGCUGAUGGAGAAGUACUGCUCUCUGAUAGACCAAAUUCCCGCCAUGCACUUUAAUGAGAUCUCUGGCUUUCAGCCAAACACAUUUCUUAAGCUGAAAGUUAUGCGACAGAAGUUCAAGGCUAGAACGCAAUUGCUUCAAAAAACCAUGGAAAGAAACCAAAGCAGGGAAAAGGAGGAACAGGAUGCGUUUGAGCUUGCGGAGAUGGAGAUGCAGGAGAAAACGCGACUAUUAAAACGGGAUAAUUGUGUAGCCAAACCUCUAACAUCACCAAGCCCUGUAUCAGCAAAUGUUAGCGAAGAGAAACCACCUAACCGAAAGGCUUUGGUGCAGAGUUUCUGCGGUGAUCCAGAUGACUUCUCUCCUCCAUUGGAGGAGAAAGAAUUGACUCUGCCUUCCAAACCGCCCAAUAGGAAGUCCUUACUACAAGGUCUGUGCGGUGAUCCAGAGGAUUGUUUGCCACCAGAAGAGUUUGAAGAUUCGCCUAUGCCUUUCAAGCCACCCAACCGCAAAAAUUUUCUUGAAGACUUUUUCGGGGAACCAGACGAUGUUUUGCCUUCGAAAAAGCCGGAUGAUCCGAAUACACUACGCAAACGCGAAGAACUCAUCCACGAUCUUUGCGAGGAACCAGAUGACUACUUGGCCCGAAGUAUGAUGCUGGACGGUGACCUAGAGGAAGAGAACAUGAUCGCGCCCACGCAACAGGUAGACGAGGAAGAAGAUGAUUUGGAGGGCUUGUUGGCCGAAAUAGAAAAUGAGCACCAGGAGAUGCAGGGUCGAAAGUCUAUGUAUAACUCCUACGGUUAUAAGGACUUUGAGAGUGUGAAAGUUAAGGAACCGCCCAAGGAAACGCCGGCGAUGUCGUCGGCCCUUGAUGAUGAUGGUUUUCCCGAAUACGAUGAGGCUAUGUUCGAGCAAAUGCACUCCCAAGCAGCGGCUAGGUCAAGUGACAUGCCCAGUUCCAGCAGGAGUAGUCUGCCAUCAUUGCCGCCUGCCAGGACAGUAGCCAAGGAUGAUCAGAAAUUGUUUGGAAAUUUUCACUCGAACGUUCAUAAUGAUGGCAUUACCGGCGAGUUUGAUGGCCUCAACUUUGAGCACUCCACCCGACUGAUGCAUGGCCUUAGUUACAGCUUCGGACUCAAGAGUUUUCGACCCAAUCAGCUUCAGGUAAUCAAUGCCUCGUUGUUGGGAAAUGAUUGCUUUGUACUGAUGCCCACGGGAGGAGGCAAAUCCCUGUGCUACCAAUUGCCAGCCAUUUUAACCGAGGGCGUGACCAUUGUGAUCAGUCCACUGAAAUCUCUUAUUUUUGAUCAGACCAAUAAGCUGGCCUCAUUGGAUAUCUGUGCUAAAAGCUUGUCGGGUGACCAAAAACUUGCCGAUGCCAUGGCCAUUUUCAGGGACUUGGAGGCUCAGCCGCCAAUGGUUAAGCUCCUCUACGUGACACCCGAAAAGAUAAGCAGUUCGGCUAGGUUCCAAGACACACUAGACACACUUAAUGCCAACAACUAUAUAAGCCGUUUUGUCAUAGACGAGGCCCACUGUGUGUCUCAGUGGGGCCAUGACUUCAGGCCGGAUUACAAGAAGCUCGGAAUCCUAAAGAAACGUUUCCCAAAUGUACCCACAAUUGCACUCACAGCCACUGCCACUCCUCGAGUGCGAUUGGAUAUUCUAGCGCAGUUAAAUCUGAAGAACUGCAAAUGGUUUCUGUCCAGCUUCAAUCGCAGCAAUCUUCGGUACAAGGUGCUGCCCAAGAAAGGAGCCUCCACCCUGGACGAUAUCAGCGGAUAUAUAAGGUCCAAACCGGCGCACUCGAGUGGAAUCAUCUAUUGCCUCUCCCGGAAAGAAUGCGACGAUGUUGCCAAAAAGAUGUGCAAAGACGGGAUAAGAGCGGUGGCCUACCAUGCCGGACUCACUGACAACGAAAGGGAGACACGGCAAAAGGACUGGCUAACUGGGAAGCUAAAAGUAAUCUGCGCUACAAUCGCCUUUGGAAUGGGCAUCGACAAGCCGGAUGUCCGGUACGUGUUGCACUACUCACUGCCCAAGUCUAUCGAGGGUUAUUAUCAGGAGGCAGGUCGAGCGGGUCGAGACGGAGAGGUUGCUGAUUGCAUUUUGUACUACAACUAUGCUGAUAUGCUGAGGCUCAAGAAAAUGCUAGACGCCGAUAAAGCCCUCCAGUACAAUGUGAAAAAGAUGCACAUCGACAAUUUAAAUCGAAUGGUCGGCUAUUGCGAAAACCUGAUGGAUUGCCGAAGAGCGCAACAACUGGACUACUUCGGAGAGCACUUCACCAGCGAGCAGUGCUUGGAGAACAGGCAAACAGCCUGUGACAAUUGUAUAAACAAGAAGGCGUAUAGGUCGGUCGAUGCAUUGGAGUUUGCUAGGAAGGCGGCUCGGGCCGUUAAGGAUCUGUGUGGUGGCAGAUCCCGUUUCACCUUACUGCAUAUCGCCGAUGUUCUUAAGGGUUCCAAGAUAAAGAAGAUAGUAGACUUUAAUCAUCACAAUUCACCGCAUCAUGGAGCUCUAAAGGAUUGGGAUAAGAACGAUGUACAGAGACUGCUGCGGAAAAUGAUCAUUGAGGGAUUUCUAAGAGAGGACUUAAUAUUCACCAAUGAUUACCCUCAAGCGUAUUUGUUUUUGGGACACAGCAUCAGCAAACUAAUGGAGGGAACGCCUUCCUUCGAUUUUGUGGUAACCAAAAAGGAGGGCAAGGCAUCGGUGGCUACCGUUUCUGAUGCAGGAGCCUCUGGAAGCAGUGACGGAAAGCCCGGCAUGCGAGAGAUUCACGAGCGCUGUUACACAGACCUUUUGGAUCUAUGUCGAACGAUUGCCAGCCAGAGGAAUGUGACCAUGGCCAGUAUUAUGAACAUCCAGGCGUUGAAGAGCAUGGCUGAGACCCUUCCCACCACUGAGAAGGACAUGUGCAGCAUUCCGCACGUAACCAAGGCGAACUACGACAAGUAUGGUGCCAAACUGCUCGAGAUUACCAGCAAUUACGCGUCGGAAAAGCUGCUCAUGCAGGCCGUUCUGGAUGAGGAGGAGGAACAGGCUAAACAGGCGAAAGCUGUCAAAUCAAAGCCGCAGUCGUCUGGUUCCGGUUGGAACAGCCACAACGACAGCACUGAUUGGGACAGAGCCGUGGCCUCUCAAGGCAACACCAGCAAUAGCGGAUUUAAUAGCUACCGUGCUGGAAAACGGAAAAAGAUUUUCAAAUCUGGGGCUAGCAAAAGGUACAAGUCAAGUACAGCAUCACCUGCGGCCAAAAAGACUAGUGCAUCGAGAGGCGGACGCGGUGGAAGGGCGGGUAGCAAGCGUGGCGGAGCUGCUGGAACUUCAUCCUCCUCUUCUGGUUGGCAAAGCAAGAAAACAGGGAGCAGUGCUGGCUUCGAUCUAAUGCCGCUCCCAGGUUCAAAGUAG